GGAGCCGCUCCGCUGCCGCCGCCAUGCAGGGCACCGUGAGGCUGUGGGUGUCGGUGCUGACUUUCGCCCUGUCGCUGCUGGUCUGCCUGGGGACGCUGGCAGAGGCGUACCCCUCCAAACCGGACAGCCCCGGCGAGGACGCCCCCGCAGAGGACAUGGCCAGAUACUACUCGGCGCUGAGGCACUACAUCAACCUCAUCACCAGGCAGAGAUAUGGAAAGAGAUCAAGCCCAGAUACACUGAUCUCAGACCUCUUGUUGAGGGAAAGCACAGAAAACAUUCCUAGAUCCAGGUUUGAAGACCCUUCGAUGUGGUGAUGGGAUUUUCAGCACACCUUCAAAACUUUUCCUAGUUUUCAGUUCAUACUCCACACCUCUGAAGCAAAUCACAGCAUCAUCCCCAGUGCAUGCAGCCAUUGUACCAAAUUCUGUAGAGUUUCUCUCCUUCAUCAUAUUUGUAUACACCUUUAUUUAAAUAAAUUAUUUGUGCAUUCCAAAAUAUAACAUACUAAAUGAAAACAAGCAACAAUGUCAUUGGUAUAACAAAGCAUUGUUUUAAGCUAUUAAAACUGAAUUAUAACUUGUCUGUAGUGUGAAGUAAUGUGGAAAACAAUGGUGUCACAGUUGUUACAGUAAUUACUGUGUAAAGAUAAAGACAUUUUUUAUUGUGGCCUCAGACUCUGCUCAAAACUAUUUAAAAUAAUUUAUCACAGACUGCAUAACUUAGGAAAACAGUGUUCUGAGGGGCAAU